AUGGCGGAGGGCCGAAAGCGAACUUGGCAGCGAAGCAGGCGCCUGGUGCUCCUCGCGCUCGCGCUCAUGGGACUGGCAAAGACCUCCUUUGGCCCAAGCUUCGUGGGGCCAAGGCAGCCAAAGCCAUUUUUGAGAUGCAAGAAGCCAGCGUCGCUUCAGCGGAGCGUCUCUCGAGAGGAGAUGCUGCUGAGUGGCGAGGGCGCCAAGGUGAUCGAGGCGCUUCCAACCGUUCGACAGGAGGAUCUCCCCUUGAACACAAGCAUCGCCUUGGCGACCAUCGCCAUGUUCGGGUACAUGUCCUACCAGUUCUGGACGCGCAUCGCCUUCGGGAAGGCCUUCGGCACUGCCGAUCCGGUGGUCAUCCAGAAGCCGGAGGUGGUGUUUAAGGAACUACAAGAUCAGAGUAGGGGCAAGCGAAAGCGUCCUGUAGGCAUAGAGGGGAAAGUCUCCAUCGGCAUGGAUGCAGACACAAACCGUGGGCGCAAAGUUCUGGGUCUUGACGCGCUCAUCUUUGCAUAUCUGAUGUUUGCAUCUGCUUUCUUCAUGCUCGUGUUCGGAGCCGCUGCAGCAUACUACCCCUUGCUCAGCGGCCAAGUCCAGAUGGAUAGGUAA